AGGCCGAAGGAGCGGCGCGGGCGGGCUGCGGCCGCCCGCACGACGGAGGAGAACCGGCUCCUGCUGCUGCAGCGCCAAGCCCUGGCCGAGGAGGAGGAGGCCAAGAAGAAGGGGGAGAUGCUCAACCAGUUCCUGAAGGACAAGCUGGCCAAGGAGGAGCACAGCAGCGCCUUGAACCUCGACAAGAUCAACACGCAGUGGCUCGCAGUGCUGCGGGUGACCAAGGCCAAGGAGCUGCGCACAGAUGUCGAGAUCCUGAGCCAGACCUUCGCGCGGGUGAUGGACUGCAAGGACAGCGUCAUCAAAUCCCUGGCCAGAGACCUGUUUGAGGCAGAGGCGCAGCACGCCCAGGCCCUCUCCAGCCACCUGCACAACAUUGACCGCCUGCUGCAGCUCCAGCGCUGCCGCCUGCGCUACCUGGAGGAGGAUUAUAACACGGAGCUGGAGGCUCUCAAGGAGGAGUUUGAGACGGAGAGGAGAGCAAUCCUGGAGCAGCACAAGCAAGAAUGCUGCUACCUACAGGACGUGAUGCUGGCCGUGGAGCAGAACUUCGUUGAGAACAACUACGAGGCCACGCUGAAUUUCCAGAGCGCCUGGGAUGACAUCAAGAACAAGCAACUGGAAGAGAAGCAGUACAGCCGCUUGCACCUGAGCAACAAGGUGGAGGCCCUCUGGAAGCAGUUCCAGCAGGUCCUGCACAGCUACACAGAGGCCACAGAGGACCGGAAGAUUGCCUUUGAGGUGCUCAAGCAGAAGGACAAGAAGAGCUCCAAGGAGAUAGAGAUGCAGACGAAGAAGCUGCAGAAACUCCAGGACUCCAUCGCGGCCAUAAAGGGCAGGAUCGCGGCUCACCUCCAGGAGAGCGAGGAGCAGAACCAGUGCGUGCGGGAGGAGAAGGAGGUCAUCCUCAGGCAGCUCCAGGAGCUCAAGAAGGAGAUGAACCAGGCCAGGGCCAAGGCCCACAGCAGCCUGGUCAAGCUCACCACACAGAGCAGCGCUGCCCUGAAGGUGCUGAUGCACGUCGUGGAGAAGGCAGAGCGCGUCCUGCGACUGGGUGAGAUGUGCCGUAAGCUGGAGACGGAGGAGGAGAAGGUGCUGCCGUUCUACCCUUCCUCGCUGGCUGAGGGGGAGCAGCAGGACGCGGAGCAAGUCCUCAAGGAGACACCUGCAGAGCCUCUGGCCCAGGCCAUGCAGGACUACGUGGGGCUGGAGCGCUUCUGGCAGCGGUUCAACAAGGCAAAGCUGGAGGAGCUGGCGCUGGUGCAGGAGAAGGCAGCUCUGAGCCACAGGAACCAGCGCCUGCGGGAGCUGCUCAAGCAGUACCUGGAGGGGAUCUCCGUGAGUGAGGAGGUGCUCAGCAAGCCCAACCCACUCCUCACCCUCCAGCACAGGAGCUGCAGCCCCAGGGCCUUGCCCCGCGCCGGGGGGCCCGUGCACAACAUCAUCGAGGCAGCACACGUGGUGUCACGCACCCUGUGAGCUUCCUGGGGGAGGACGCGUGGCCGGGUCGGCCCCAGCCCCAGCCAGAGCUGCGAUCGUCUCGCGGCCUGGGGCACCCAGCUGAGCCUGAUGCUCAGAGAGAGCACGGGAACCUGCCUG